AUGGCAGCACUUGACAUGGCGACGAUAACGGAAUAUCUAGAGAGAUCUAUGAAGAAUUGUUCGCUGAGUAGUAAUUGGAGAAAAAGAUCGGAGAUGAUCGAUGAGAACGACGAUCAUAUCCCGAUCCAAGAUAAAACCUUAGACCUCAAUUCUCACAUCUCUAUUCCUUCGCACCUGCAACAGUGUCUUGAUCUCAAGACAGGAGAGAUUUACUACAUGAAUUGGAAUAGCGGAAUGAGAGUGAAGGAAGAUCCAAGGAAAUUGGUGAGCAAUAACAAUGCAGAUGAAAUGAGUGGUGAAUCCUAUGGAUCUGUGUUUUCAGAAGAAGAUAACUCGUAUUAUGAAAGCGAAGAGUCUUCAUCAGAAGCCUCGCCUUCAUCGACAGAGAAUCACAAAGAAGAAGAAGAUGUUCUUGUGGUUGCUGGUUGCAAAGCUUGUUUCAUGUAUUUUAUGGUCCCUAAAUUCUUAGAGGAUUGCCCCAAAUGUGCAUCUCACCUUCUCCACUUUGGUCCACUUGAUUCCCCAUAG